ACCCUUUUUACAACUAGACACUCACAUAGGGAUAGUCACAAAAACAAACGUAAAAAAAACAAACAAAACGCAAAAAACACAAAACUACAAAUUAAGUAAUGUUCCAACCGGAGUAUGAAAAACGACUGCUUGAGGGAUUAGGGAUACCGGGAGCCACUGGUCGAGAGCAGUUGGAGUUGCGCUGCAUUCCAUCACGCGCCAGAAACAAUUGGGCCCGAAACUAUUCUUUGACGGAGGAUCCAAAUCCGGUUCGUGCGGAACAGCUACACAACUCCCCCUAUGCAUGUCUGCUGCGAAACGAGCUGCUAGACUCGGAGGUUUCCACAAUCAAUGAUUGCAGGCGAAGUAAAAAUAUUCUUUUGGAUACGGGCGAUUUUACAGAAAAGGAAAAUAUUCGUCUUUUCGGAUAUGGAAAUCACUCUCCAACGAAUAGGAACGUGCGCCACCCAUUCUCAAGGCUAAGCGAGUACAGUACUAGGCUGCUGGGCAGUCCCAGAAGCGCUGUGCGACGGGUAGCUCGGCUUCCCUAUAAGGUUCUGGACGCCCCCGACCUACAGGAUGACUUUUACUUGAACGCCCUGGACUGGUCGUCGAAGGACAUGCUUGGUGUUGGCCUUGGUUGUUCUCUCUACCUCUGGAGUGCAGUCAACUCUGAAGUAACAUGCUUGUGUGACCUUAGCGACGAAGAUAAUAUGAUAACAUCUGUCAAGUGGCACAGCGGAGGAAACGAAUUAGCUUUUGGCACAAAUCAUGGCUCCGUAGGCAUCUGGGAUGUCGACUAUGAGAAACUGAUUUCCAACCUAGACGGACAUUUAUCCCGUGUCACAGCAUUGGACUGGCGAGGCAACAGUUUGACGAGCGGCUCCCGUGAUCGGACCAUUUUGCAGCGAGAUAUCCGCACCAAUACCAUAUCCAGCUGCUUGCAGGGCCACAGUCAGGAGGUUUGCGGCUUGCAAUGGUCUCCCACGUGGGAGUAUCUGGCCAGCGGAGGCAAUGACACUCGUUUGCUCAUAUGGACGGCUAGAAGUCCUAAGCCACUUCACACCUUUACCGAACACACUGCCGCCGUGAAGGCUCUGGGCUGGUCUCCGCACAAGGCCGGACUCUUGGCCAGUGGCGGUGGCACAGCCGAUCGUUGCCUUCGCUUCUGGAACGUGGUUAGCGGUGAGAUGGUGCAAUCCGUUGACACCGGAGCACAAAUCAGUAACUUGGCAUGGUCCCGUAACUCCCCUGAACUCGUUACCACUCAUGGAUUCGGACAGCCACAGAUUGUGGUGUGGCGCUAUCCCUCCCUGAAGCAAGUUGCUAACCUGUCGGGCCACAACCGCCGUGUGAUCUAUCUGGCUGUAAGCCCAGACAGCAAAUCAGUGGUAACAGGCGGCGGUGACGAGACACUUCGCUUCUGGAAUGUAUUUACCCAACGAAAAGAUCACAUUGAACCACGAUCACCACUGAGCCUUUACUCCAACAUACGAUAAAGUCUAAAUUCAUGAGUACACAAUUUUGAAAUGUUUAUUUAACAUUAAACGCCGCGAAUUUCGUUGAACUUUUGGUAUAUUA